AUGCAUUGUCUUGCCGUCGCUACCCGAUGUCGUAGGACCCUCUCCGUAUGGAAUCCUCUCAUGCAGGCCCAGAUGAACGGGUGUAGGAAGUCAUCGACCAGCAGUAGAUCUCGGGCGAAGCCUACGUCCAGCCGUCCUGCAUGGCCCUCCAACGAACAAAUUGAGCAAAACGUCCAGCCUCAUUCACAAUCCGAAGGGCAAGCACGACCCGCUCACCUACCCGAAGCCUUCCCAUCCUUCCCAUCCCGUCCACAAUCGCAAACUCCUUCAUCGUUCACAUCCACCUCCGACUCUCCGUCGAAUUCCACGUACCAACAAGCUCCCUCUCCAUCCCAACCCACGCGCCUGCACAUUCAAGGCCUUCCCUUCACGCUAACAUCCUCCCAAGACCUCCUCAACUACUUCCUCCCCUACGGCCGCAUCUCCCACGUCUUUCUCCCCACUAACCACCGCGGCCAACCCGCAGGCUAUGGAUUCGUCGAGUACAAAGACCCUGAGGACGCCAAAUACGCGGUGGAGAUGAUGGACGGGGCCGAGAUCGAAGGACGCAGGGUUAGAGUGAGUUGGGCGAAGGUUACGGGUCGGGGACAAGAUAAGACGGAAAGGAAGGCGCGGUUCGAGGAGGAGCAGAAGGAGGAGGAGAUGAAGGCUGAACAAUUGAUGGAAGAAAGGCGCAGGAGGGCGUCGCUUAGGGACAGGCAAGCGUUCAGCACGGGGAGGGCGGGAGAGCAUGUGGGGAGUAAGGAGGAGAUUGCGAGACGAAGUGUGUUUGUGGGGAAUGUGUAUGAUUUGACGGAGCAGGAUUUGAGAGAGGCGUUUUUGGGGUAUGGAGUCGUUCAUGUGAAGUGGCCGUGGACGAAGCAGGGAGGUGGGUUCGUGCAUAUCGAGCUGGAGACGGAGGACGAUGCGAUUCGAGCGUUGAAUGAGAUGGAUAAGGUGUAUAUCGGGAGGCAGUUGAUUAGAGUGGAGAGACCGAAGGGGAAGAGACAGAGGUCGGUAGAUGAGGGUCAGUCCCAAUUCGAGGACUCGCAGGAUGGCAACUGGGGCAGAUUUGGAGAAGGGAAUAUGUAG